AUGGAGGGAGAUGGGGGAGCUGGAGCAGGCAGUAAACAUGAGCUGUUGGUGCCUGAGGCCUUGUAUCCAGUGACCUUCAGGCGCCAACGUCACUCAUUCCGCGCUCAUCUCCAACUUGACGCUCUGCUGUCCUUCUUUAGUAUUUUGCACUCGGCCAAUGGGGCUGUGAUCCGACCUGCUCUGAAUAUCUCUCAUCGACCGGACUUCGGCAUCUCCGCAAUCAUGGCGGCUGGACUCAAGACCAUUAUCGCACUUUCAUUUGUUCUUGCAAUCGGCUUCCUCCUCGUGAUCCUCUCUUCCGCACUAUGGCAUAAGUACUGGCCGUUGCUGGUUGUUGGUAUUUAUGUUGUUGCGCCGCUUCCCAACUGGAUCUGCCAACGAUGCGCAAACCCCGAUGAUUUUAUGGACAGCUCCAGCAAUUCUGCGAUGGACUUUGGACGGUUCAUGACCGGAUUCUUGGUUCUUACCGGCAUUGCACUUCCCAUUGUCCUUGCUCACAGCGGUGCUAUCGAAAUUCCAGCAAUGAUCAUGUCUAUUUUCGGAGGCCUAUUGAUUUACGGCACUAUCAUUAGCUUUUCGAUGUUCUUCCAGGAACAGGAAGAGUUCUGA